UUUAUCCCUAUCCACUAGACUUGGCAUCUCCACGCUGGCCUUCUGCCAAUUGACUCGAUCGAUUUAAUUUGGAGACCACAUCGCAACGGUUCUCAUUUCUUGUCUCGUCCCGCGUGUCGCUUAUCCUCUUCUCUUGAAUUCGUCAAUUUUUCUUAUCGCGCGUUGAAUCAGAUUUGAGCGACUCUCGGCCGUUCGUCCACUCUUUUACAAGACCUCACCGUUUACGAUCGACGUCCCGACAUAAUCAUGGCCGACCAGAACAAGAAGAACGACGACUUCGUGGCCAAGAUGCCCGAGGUCGCCAACGAGAACAAUAUCGGUGACGGCGAGAAGGAGAACGACUCCCUCGUUGGCCGUGGCCCUGGCACUGAUGCCCUCCCUGCGCAGCCCGGAGGCUUCAUGGCCACUGUUGAGAACAGCGGACCUUUCUCGAUUCUCGCCUACUGUCUCUCCUCCAUUUCCAUGACUGUUGUCAACAAGUAUGUCGUCUCUGGCAGUUCAUGGAACCUGACUUUCUUCUAUCUUGCGGUCCAGUCAAUUGUGUGCAUUGCUGCCAUCACAGCAUGCAAGCAGUUGGGCAUGAUCAAGUCCCUUGCUCCUCUGGAGAUGGACCGCAUUAAGAAGUGGUAUCCUAUUUCGCUCGUCCUUGUUGGUAUGAUCUACACAAGCACCAAGGCUCUUCAGUACCUCUCCGUGCCUGUCUACACCAUCUUUAAGAACUUGACCAUCAUUGCCAUCGCUUAUGGUGAGGUACUCUGGUUCGGUGGCUCUGUCACGUCUACUGCUCUCGCCUCUUUUAGUCUCAUGGUUCUCAGCUCCGUUGUUGCUGCCUGGGCUGAUAUCAAGAGCGCCAUCUCUGGUGAUUACAGUGCCACCACUGGUGAUGCCGAUGCGCUUGCGACCUUGAACGCCGGUUACUUUUGGAUGGCCAUGAACGUUAUCUGCUCUGCCUCUUACGUCCUUGGCAUGCGCAAGGUCAUUCACAAGAUGAACUUCAAAGAUUGGGACACCAUGUACUACAACAACCUCCUCACCAUCCCCGUGCUCGUCUUCUUCUCGCUCGUCACUGAGGACUGGUCCAGCGCCAACUUGGCCAAGAACUUCCCCGAGGAUAGUCGCAACCGCAUGAUGAUCGGUAUCAUCUACUCUGGUCUUGCUGCUAUCUUUAUCUCUUACUGCUCUGCUUGGUGCAUCCGAGUCACCUCUUCCACCACCUACUCCAUGGUCGGUGCCCUCAACAAGCUGCCUAUUGCUGUCUCCGGUCUUAUCUUCUUCGCCGCCCCCGUCACCUUCGGAUCUGUUUCAGCUAUCUUUAUUGGUUUCGUCUCCGGUAUAGUUUAUGCUUGGGCCAAGGUCAAGGAGAACGAGGCUAAGAAGAACGCUCUUCCCACUGCCGAGAACCGAGAUUCGUCAAAGUAAACUCGAUAUCGAAGCGAAUCGCACCGGUCGGCUGAAGUUACUUCAAGCGCACGCCAAAAGCUACUUAGCUAUUCUGCCACAAUUCUGGCCAAUCUUUCCUCCUAGCCUGGUUAUACCAGCAAACGACAAUUAUGUACCUAUCCAUGGUAAUUGAAUGACAAACGUAAUGUAGACAUUUUUUGUAUAACGUCUGGAGCAAUAGCUCAAAUAUUGAUGGGGUUUUGGGUGUCAUUUAAAAGCGUUUAUAGACCUGAUUCAAUACAAAGUCUCUUAAUCCUUAAACUACCUGAUACUCGU